UUGCUGUCAUCCACAAACGGGAGCUUGGGGUGGGGGCUCAUCACCGCCAGGAAGGGUCCUCCGAGGCCCCCACUCCCUCCUUUGUACAGAGGGGGAAACUGAGGCCCAGAGGGGAGGGGCUCCCUCCCUGCCCCCUCCGCUGGGAUGGCCGGCACUAGGACCCGGGGGAGCGCGGAUGGCGGUGAUAAAUAUAGCCAGCGGGAGGGACCAGCUGCGGGGCAGCUCGGGGCAGCCGAGGUUCCGCUCAGUCUCGUCCCAUCCGGGCAUGGAGACGGAGCCGGCAGCCCCGGCAGGAGGCCCGGCGGGGGCCUCGGGCUCGGAGGCCGGACGGCAGCUCGCGCGGGUCACGCCAUGGCUGCUCCUGGGCCCUGCGCGCGUCGCCGCAGACGCGGAGCUGCUAGUGCGCGAACGCGUCACGUUCUGCGUCAACGUGACCCGGCAGCAGCCGUGCCCACGCGCGCCGGGCGUGCGCACGCUGCGCGUGCCCAUCUUUGACGACCCCGCAGAAGACCUGUUGACACACCUGGAACCCUGCUGCGCCGCCCUGGAAGCGGCCGCACGCGCCGGAGGCACGUGCCUCGUGUACUGCAAGAACGGCCGCAGCCGCUCGGCCGCCGUGUGCACCGCCUACCUCAUGCGACACAGCGGCCUUAGCCUCGAGCAGGCCUUCCAGGUGGUGAAGAAGGCCAGACCCGUGGCUGAGCCCAACCCAGGCUUCUGGUCCCAGCUGCAGAAAUACGAGGACGCCCUCCAGAAACGGCCCCCCGGGCCUGACGACCCCCAAGCUCCGGCCAGAGACUGUCCUUAGCGCAACCUGUUCUUGGGGAGUCACGCAGGACCGUGGCGGCGGGGG